AUGGCAGACCCAACUCUCUACACGUUCCCCUCUCCUCUCGAAGGCUACCAAAACCUCGAGCCAUUGCCACAAGAGAAAGCUGCAGAUGGCAAAUCCUAUGUAAACCCACCGGCAGAGAAGAAGAGCGAAGCGUACACAUCCUUCGUGUCGCCCAUUACCAACAGCAAACGCGGUGGCUUCGACGUACAUAUCUACUUUCUGCAAACAGAGGCAGAAGAACUGAAAUUCGCAACUGAGCUCUGGGAACGUAUACGGCGCGAAUUUCCCGAGCUUCGCAUCUACCAAAUCUGGGACAGGCCACUUGGGCCACAUCCCAUGGGCAUGUUUGAAGUCAACAUCUUCACUCCAGAACAGUUUGGAGCGUUCAUUCCUUGGCUAGUGAUCAACAGAGGGCCCUUGUCGGCGCUCGUGCAUCCUAACACAGAUCAAGAGGAGAGGGAUCAUACGCAGAGGGCGACCUGGAUGGGACAGCCGUUGCCGCUGAACCUGAGGCUGUUCAAGAAAAUGUCGAAAGCUUGA